AUGCCCCCACCAGUCGGUGGUAAGAGGAAGCGACCAGAUCGCGGAUAUUCAGACGAUCAACCUCCUAGCCGUCCCUCGCCUCAUCGCCCCCAAAAUCUCAACCUGGCGCACUCGGGGUAUCAAUCAAAUGAUCGCGACUACAGUCAACCACGCGGAAGAGGUGGUAGGAGAUCAAGCCGAGGAGGUCGAGGCGCCAGCACCGCGUCAAGUCCCAUCAACAGUGCCGGAGACAGGCUACCGUCAUUAUCGAGGACACCCGUCGCAGAUCCUGAGCCCGUUCAUGUGAACGGAAACAUGGCGACCACCCAGCAAACACCUCUUGAGGCUCCUGCCCUCUCAGACCCCCCUUCCGAAUCCCAGCCUUACAAUUACACGUAUCUGACGGGUGAGACCUGUGACUCAUGGCAAACAGGUGGUCGAGAAGACGUAUUGCGACAAGGCCUCGAAGGGAUGCAAGACGAUGAGGGGACACAGCUGAUCGUACUGAUGCAGGAGUUGGUGCAGUCUGUCGUCUAUGGAAGGCUGGGCCCGGCCGAAGCCGGUGACCUCGUCAAACAACUGCUGGAGAGCGAGUUACAAGAAGACCAGGAACAGUCGGUACCGCAUCCUACAGUUCUACAGGCUGCGCUACUAGAUUCCGUGUCCGUCAUGUUCGAGAACAACCCUACGAUUCCGCUGGACCGGUUAUCAGUCUUCAUCUUCGCGACUGGGAUACCUCAUGAGCUACUCCGACACGAGAUCGACGCGCCGUUGUUGGAGAAGUUCAACAUGAUCCGAAACACCUUCAGCCGUAUGGGCAUCAGGAAACAGACAAACCUCCUCUAUCGACAGGCCAACUUCAAUCUGAUGCGGGAAGAGUCCGAAGGAUUUGCUAAGCUGAUGACUGAGCUGUUCACGACCAGCAGCAACGAGGCGCCCACUGCAGACACGGUCGAAGAGACGGUAGAGAAGGUCAAGGCUAUGAUCGGCGCCUUUGACCUUGAUGUGGGACGGAGUUUGGAUGUUGUGCUCGACGUCUUUAGCGCUGUCCUUGUCAAACAAUGUCGGUUCUUCGUUAAAUUCCUCCGCGCGAGCCCUUGGUGGCCCCGUUCCCCACCGCUGGCCAAGAAGACACAGCUCCUGACAGGGCUGCCUUUGUGGGCUCUUCCAGGCUCGCCGGACUGGCAUCUGACCGAGGAGGAGAAGCAGCUUGUGGCUCAAGAGACCAGAACACGAGACCAGGCUUUCUGGUCUGACGCUCGAGAGAAGGGCCUUCACGCAUUCUAUCUGCUUGGGGGAUCCCGACCGACACAAGAGCAUUUAGAACGGGCAUCUUCAGGAGACGAGCUGCUGUCGCAGUGGGUUCGAGAGACUGGUACCUUGCCACCCCCAGGAAACCGCGACGCUGCCCAGCUUCUGGGUUUCAAACUACGCUUUUACUCAUCCUCACCCGCCCGAGACGAGACAGACGUCCUCCCAGACAACCUCAUCUAUCUUUCUGCCCUUCUCAUCAAGAUUGGAUUCAUCUCCUUGAAAGACCUAUACCCCCACAUUUGGAGGACCGAUGACGCGAUGGAUGAGCUCAGGCAGCAGAAGAUUAAAGAAAAGUCCGAACGAGAAAGAGCCGCUCGACCGGGUGCUGGAAUAAAGAAUGCGCUUGCUUCCGCUGGAGCCCUGGCUGACGACACUUUACCCGUCCCACCCCGUCUGAAAGAAUCUGCCACACGCUCAAAUACGCCGGCCAGGGAGCAAGACACCGAGAAGCCACCUACUAAAGAAAGUGCACCGGCGGAUCAGAAGGUUCUCCUGCUAAAGAGCCUGCUCGCCAUAGGCGCCCUUCCUGAGGCACUUUUCAUCCUUGGCCGCUUUCCUUGGUUGAUGGAUCUCAUACCUGAACUCCCGGAAUAUAUCCAUCGCAUAUUACACCAUUCAUUGAGCAAAGUGUACGGUGAGAUACAGCCUCUGCAAAAUCGACCCAGUCUGUGCGCUCAGAAGCCGAGCUACGAAACCGACGUACCCGGAGUCCCAAAAGGCCAGGUCAAGAUUGUGGAAGCAAUUGAAAGAAAGGUUCUCCGAUGGGCCCAACUGGACAAGAAUGAUUCCCUCGACGGCACCGACUACCGCUUCUAUUGGGACGAGUGGAACGACAACAUCCCUAUCUGCCAGAACGUUGAAGAUGUUUUCACCUUGUGUAACAUCUUUCUGCCGCUUGUGGGCGUCAAGAUUGGUCAGGACGUCGGCCUUCUGCUCAAGAUUUCCCGCAUCGGGAAACAUAGCUUGCACACCGACAAGACCGAGUCCAACCGAUCGCGAUGGUUAGACUUGAUUAAGCGCACCUUGCUCCCAUCAUUGAGCCUAACAAGGUCGAAUGCCGAUGCAGUCAAUGAAGUCUUUGAGCUGAUCAGUAUAUUCCCCGUCAGCGUCCGCUACUUGAUGUAUCUCGAAUGGUCAUCCGGCCGGACAUCACGCAAUCCAGAUGUCAAGGCAGCAUUCGAUCAAGCCAGGGCUGAGACCAAGGACAUCCUAAAGCGUAUAUCCAAUACCAAUGUACGACCGAUGGCCCGGGCCUUGGCAAAGAUUGCUUUCGCCAAUCCGCACAUCGUCAUAACCACUGCGCUCACUCAAAUCGAAGUCUACGACAGUAUCGCAGAGGUGUUUGUCGAGGGCGCUCGCUACUUCACGGAUCUGGGCUAUGAUGUCCUUACUUGGGCCAUCGUCAGCUCAAUGGCGAAAACGGGACGGAAUCGGACGCAAGAAGGCGGCAUCUUCGCCAGCCGUUGGCUCUCCGCUCUUUCUGUAUUCGCUGGCAAGAUCUAUAAGCGCUACGGCAUGAUGAAGCCUGGCCCGAUCUUACAGUAUGUGGCUGAGCAACUUGAACAUGGUAACACUAUGGACCUCAAGAUGUUGGAGCAGAUCGUACUUUCCAUGGCCGGAAUUGCCACUGACACGAGUUAUAACGAUGCUCAGUUGCAAGCAAUGGGAGGUGGGCCGCUGCUCCAAGGCCAGAUCAUUCUCCAACUGCUUGAUCGCCGUCACGACUCAAAGAGAACUUCAGAGCGCUUGAUUAAGUCGCUUCAAGACACCGGCUUGGCCGCAAAAUUCUUGAUUUCCAUGGCUCAACAGCGGCAGGCUGUGGUCUUUGAGGAUAGUGAAAUCCCACUGAAAGCGAUCGGAAACACAUAUGACGAGGUACACCGCGUCAUGGUCCAGUAUCUUGAUCUCCUCCGAACGAACCUAUCUCCCGAUGAGUUUCGAGCUACCAUUCCUGAUGUUAUCAGUCUCCUCGUUGACUACGAGAUACGACCAGAAAUUGCCUUCUGGAUCGCCCGUCCGCUCAUUUCCCGACAAAUGCAGGAUUACGACAGAGAAAAUCGCAAAGAACAGCAAGCAGAGGAGGUCAAGGACAUCAAUGGAGACGUUGACAUGUCAGACCAAAUUAAUGGUGGUUCGGAAGAGGAUGGCGAGGCUGUGGAGACGGAGAACAUCACGAAUGACUCGCCAGCUCCAGGUGACACGAUGGGUCCAGCGCUUGAUCUCGACGCCAGCACCAAGUCACUCGGGACAUCUGAUUCCAUAUCAGAAGAUUGCUGGCAUCCUGUGAUGAAAGAUCUGAUGACUGCCAUCGAGCCAUCUCUGCCUGAAGAAGUCACCAAAACCAUAGGCACCGGCUUUUAUUCGACCUUUUGGCAGCUGUCCUUGUACGAUAUUGCGGUUCCUAGUAAGUCGUACGAGGAUGAGAGUGCUCGGCAACGCAAAAAGAUGGCUGCCGUCACAGCAGACCGGACAGACGUCAGUGUUUCCGGCACCAAGAAGAAGGAAAUGGCGACGAGGGAGAUUCAAGACCUCAUCGACAAAUUACUGCUGGAAAACAAGCAACAUCUGAAAUCCUUCCUGGAGGGUAAAGCGCGACUACAGCGUGAAAAAGAGCAGUGGUUCCUAGGCAAGACUAGGAUGGACAGGGCCCUAAACACGGCCCUGAUGGAGCAUUGCUUUCUCCCGCGAAUGCUAUCCUCCCCCCUCGACGCCUACUUCUGCUUCAAAUUCCUCAAACUCCUCCACAGUGGAGGCACACCAAACUUCCGGACCCUUGGAUUUUACGACCUCUUCUUCAAGACAGCCCGACUUAUUUCAUUGAUUUUCAUGUGCACGUCCAAGGAGGCCGACAACUUUGGAAAGUUUUUGAACGAGGUAUUGAAAGAUCUCGCGCGAUGGCAUAGUUCUAAAACAACAUACGAGAGGGAAGCGUGCGGAGGCUCGAAGAGAAAUCUGCCUGGAUUUGCCCUGAAAGUCGAAGCUGGGAGAGUUGUCGCAUUGCUAGACUUCGAGAGCUUCCAGAAAAUCCUGUUCAAGUGGCACAGCAACCUGUACACGGCACUUCAGAAAUGUCUGGCUUCGCCGGAGUACAUGCACGUUCGGAAUGCCAUAUCGGUGUUGCGCGCUAUUUCCGGGGUCUAUCCUGCCGUCAACUGGCAUGGGACCGGGUUGCAGAAGGCUGUGGAUAAGCUGCGGGAUUCUGAUAAGGAGGACCUCAAGGUCUCGUCUCAAGCCUUACUUGGAGCUUUGCAUCGGCGCGAAAAAGCUUGGGUCGAGACAACGAAGUUCCGCAGAGGGCCCGAAAAGAAAGGAGAGCAAGAGCAAGCGCAAGCAAGCUCCCAGACCGUCAGUGCUUCUUCCCAGGAUGCGCCCUCUUCAGACACGAAGCCAAGCAUCCAGCAAGGCAACGGCGAGAUCAAGGAUGAACCAAUGGCGGAUGCGCCGUCCAAGCCAGCAACCAUCCUUGCUUCUGAAAAGAAGGAGAGUGGGGAGUCGUCUAGAACUACCAGGCUCCAACCUACUGCCGAGCCCUUUGCACCGUCUCCUAGGCCGUCGUCCAGGCCAGCCACAACCAAUGGUGCUUCGACACCGUCACGACAGAGCAGUGAGGCUUCUGCAGCUCCCAAGCGAGAACCCCGACCUACUCGUCCUGAGCCUUCUAAGCCUCACGAUCUGCCGCGACGCCUCACUCCGCCGCCUCCAUCGCGUUCGACCUUGGCUGGUCUGCCGAGCCGUCCCGAACCAGUGGAUUCUCGCAAUGGCCACAGAGAUAGUCCACGCCCGUCACAUCGCGCAGAAAUCGAUCCUGCACGACCGCCGCCCGAUGCUCGGACGAACCACACUCGUGACGCAAGAUCAGGUUACCGUGGCCCGGAGCGACCGGAACGACCGGACCAUGGAUUUGAUGACUAUGAUCGCCACUCCCGGCGAUAUGAGCGGCCGGACGGUCCGCCUUAUCCUGGACGUGAGGACCGCGGGUAUGGUCGCGAGCACGAAAGAAGAGCCCCAUACGAUCGACCUAUACCGCCUCAAGAAAGAGAUCGUCCGCCUGUUCGGCCUCCGCCAAGUGAACGUGAGCGAGAGACACGUGAGCCCGGUCCAAGAUCAAGACCUGUACCAGCUCCAGAACUUGCGAGGCCGGAACCACAGGCUCCUCCGAGAAACGAGACCCCAUUGGAGCCCACUAUCAACCCUGCACGAGCUUCGUUGAUAGGGGGCGGUGGGGAUCAGAGAACCCCUCCUACGAGAGGCCAUGGGCUGGAGAGGCCGUCGAGACCGUCCCGACCAAGCUCGCCGCGAAGAGACGAGGAACGAAAACCAUACCCCCGUCGCGACGUCGAAGAGCGAACCAGGCCAGAGAACCCUUCCGUGCGUCAGCCCUCCUCCAACGGCCCCUCGUUGGAGCCAGCAGCCCCAUCUUCACGUUCUGGUGGGUCCGGGCAAUACAGAAGAGACCCGAGAGACGCUCGCCAACCGCCAGCGAUUGACAUGCAGCAUGGCAGGCUUGAGCAAGAGACUUCACCACGAGCGUCGCUGUUACAGACCCCGGAUCGGCCUCAGGAAUCGGAUGUCCCAUCUGGCCCUCGUGGCCGACCACCUUCGGCAGGGGGCCCAAGAAUGAGAGCCCCUCCUCUUAAUACACAAGUUCCACCCACGCCGCCUGCGGAUCGACCCACUCCAACCGGACCGUCAAGACGACAACAUGGCCGGACCAGCUCGUAUGCAGAAGCAUCCUCUGCACCAGGUACUCCUGCUGCAGAUUCGGCAGGCGUUCAUCCCUCUCGCCUUAGCCAGAUUGAUGCUGUGCCAUCUGAUUCUUCGCGCCCGAGUCAAACCGUGCAAUCUUCGCAGCAGGCUCAUCCACCAGCAGGUCCUCGAGGCAAUGCUCCUCCUGGAGCUCCAUCCGGACCAUCGCCUACAAGCCGAGGACCUCCAUCCGGACCACAAUCUGGUGACGCGAGCAUCCGUGGGGGGCGGACAAAUCGAAAUCCGCUCACGGGCAUCAACAACACACUUGCGCAAGCAGGCACAUCUUCGGUCCGUGGACGUGGCGGUCCGAGACAGAACAGUGGAAACUUUGGUUUACAUAUGCCUCCGCCGCCUCCACCUCCACCAGGUGGUCCUCCUGCUUCAGGUCACGGUCCCAGUUCGGAUGGACACCCUUCCAACGACCUCUUCGCAUCUUCGAAUCCAAAUGAUGUACCGGUUGGCAGUAGACAGAUCUCAUCGCGCCACGACGUGGGGAGAGGAGAUCGGAGAAGUGAGUUGGCAGAGGAUCGUGGAUCUGAGAGGAGAUCUUCACGACACUCGAGUCGGCACGAUGAAUCACGCGGAGACAGGGAGCACCGAAGUGAGCGAGACGGACGUGACGGCAAGGAUGAGAGACACAGCCACAGCGGGGGUGAUCUACAAAGGCGGGAAGAGCGACCUAGUAGGCGUGAAAACCACCUGGGGGAGGGGGAUGACAGGAGAGGAGGCCCUCUGCGAUCGGGCCCUAGGGAUGAGACACCGUCUUCAAGGAAACAUGGCCGUGAUGAAGAGCCGAAUGCAUAUGCCAGGGGUCAUGGCGCUGGUGGCGGUGGUGGGAGAGGAGGAGACAAGCGCAUGCGGCGCGGCCUGUGA